CGAAUUUGAUCGAAUGUGCAUUUCGACGCCGUUAUCUUUUAUCUGUGGGAGGAGGUAGAGGCCGCCGGAGCUAUGCUGGCAGUUGCAGUGCCGGUCAGAUUGAGAUUUGGCGCGCAUUUGCUUGGGAUACACAAACCCCUGACGCUAAUACCAACUUCUUCUUCCUCAACACGCUGCUUCUUCCUCUUUCCCUCUCCUCCUACUCGAAACGUUUCGCUGAGUCAGACUCCUCGUGACCUCUUCCGCCGAAACGCUUCCCAAAUCCCUGCCCCUGCGGCCAGUGAUUCCGUUUCCGUUUCUUUCCCGAAAGACUCUCCUCUCUUUGGAUUGGAGGAUCUACUAGUGAGCUUCAUCUUGGGGAAGAAGAGGGCCACAGAAGUUUCCCACUUGGUAUGGAAAAAUGUUGUCCAAAAAGGUGAUACGGUCAUUGAUGCCACUUGUGGCAAUGGUCAUGAUACCUUAGCGAUGCUCAAGAUGGUCACUGAUGAAUCGGGAAAGGGUUCUGUUUAUGGACUUGACAUUCAAGAAGCUGCUUUACAGAAAACUUCUUCUCUGCUGGAAGAUUCGGUCACUCCAAAUGAGAAGGGACUUGUUAAGCUGUUCUCCAAAUGCCACAGUAAAAUGCAUGAAGUUCUACCAAGGAAUACAUCUGUUAGGCUUGUCGCUUUCAACCUAGGCUAUCUUCCAUGGGGUGACAAAACACUCACCACGCAGUCAGACACAACAUUAAAAGCAUUGGAAGCUGCAAAAGGUAUCCUGAUGGACGGAGGGCUUAUCAGCUUAGUGGUUUAUGUGGGGCAUCCUGGUGGAUGGGAAGAACUGAAGACUGUCCAAGAUUUCAUCUCCAAAUUACCGGUUGAGACGUGGAUCUGCUCCGAGUUUCAGACAGUAAACCGAUCAUGGUCUCCAGUUCUUGUUUUCAUAUUCAAGAGAUGUUGAAUCGGCCAGUUGCUCCAAUGUUCAUGUCUUAUUCAAAGGAUAAAAUCUUGUAGCACGAAAAUCUCUGUUACUGCCAAGAUAACAGCAAGAAAUUCCUAUACAUAUAUCCUUUGUUAACGGUCAA